CUGCCUGGUGAAGAGGAAGCCAUGGCACUUCAAGUCACCAGGAACACGAAAAUUAAUGCUGAAAAUAAAGCGAAGACCAGUAUGGCAGGCGCCAAGCGAGUGCCUGUGGCCACUGCUGCAGUGUCCAAGCCCGGGCUGAGGCCAAGAAUAGCUCUUGGAGACAUUGGUAACAAAGUCACUGAACAGCCACAGGCCAAAAUGCCUCUGAAAAAGGAAACAAAAAUUUCAGCUGCUGGAAAAGUUAUUGCCAAAAAACUGCCAAAACCUCUGGAAAAGGCACCUUUGCAUGAGCCUGAGCCUGAUCCAGAGCUAGAACCUGAGCCUGUUAAAGAGGAAAAGCUUUUGCCUGAGCCUAUUUUGGUGGAUAAUCCCUCUCCAAGUCCAAUGGAAACAUCUGGAUGUGCCCCUGCAGAAGAAUAUCUGUGUCAGGCUUUCUCUGAUGUAAUUCUUGCAGUGAGUGAUGUGGAUGCAGAAGAUGGAGCUGAUCCACACCUUUGUAGUGAAUAUGUGAAAGAUAUCUAUGCUUAUCUGAGAAAACCUGAGGAAGAGCAAGCAGUCAGACCAAAAUACCUAGUGGGUCGGGAAGUCACUGGAAACAUGAGAGCCAUCCUAAUUGACUGGCUAGUGCAGGUUCAAAUGAAAUUCAGGCUGCUGCAGGAAACCAUGUACAUGACUGUUUCCAUCAUUGAUCGGUUCAUGCAGAAUAAUUUCGUUCCCAUGAAGAUGUGGCAGCUGGUUGGUGUCACUGCCAUGUUUAUUGCAAGCAAAUAUGAAGAAAUGUAUCCUCCAGAAAUUGGUGACUUUGCCUUUGUGACUGACCACACUUACACUAAGCACCAGAUCAGACAGAUGGAAAUGAAGAUUCUAAAAGCUUUAAACUUUGGUCUGGGUCGCCCUCUGCCCCUGCACUUCCUUCGGAGAGCAUCCAAGAUUGGAGAGGUUGAUGUUGAGCAACAUACUUUGGCCAAAUACUUGAUGGAACUAACUAUGUUGGACUACAAUAUGGUACACUUUCCUCCUUCUCAGAUUGCAGCAGGAGCUUUUUGCUUGGCACUGAAAAUUCUCGAUAAUGGUGAAUGGACUAUCAAGAACAAGUAUGCCACAUCUAAACAUGCUAAGAUCAGCACUCUAGCACAGCUGAAUUCUGCACUAGUUCAAGAUCUAGCCAAGGCUGUGGCAAAGGUGUAACUUGUGAACUUGAGUUGGAAUACUAUAUAUCUGCAAAUAAAAUUGGCACUAUGUGCUGUCUGUA